AUGCGCGCGGCCUGGGGCUGCCUCGCGCUCGUCGCGGCGGCGCCGAGGCACGAGCAGCAGGACGCGCUCCAGUCGCACCAGCUGAAGCGCUGGUACGACUGCGUCGACCCGAGCGGCGAGGCCUACGGCGCCGCCUGGCUCGCCCACCGCGACACGGUGCUGGCCCACCGCAUCGACAAAAAGAUCGCCGAGAACACGAACAUGGAGACGGGCGGCUGGAUCCCGCGGGAGCUCGCGACGCCGCGCCAGUCCGUGGACCUCUACGACUGCGGCGUCGAGCACCUCUCCUGGCUCGAGCGGCGCAUCGGCCUCCGCGACGCGCGCGGCGAGGCCAAGGAGACGCUCGACGCGGAGCUCCUGGACCACCUCGGCGCGCGCGCGGAGCGGCUCCGCCGGCGCAGCGCCCGGGCGCGCACGGCGAGCCCGCACCGCCUCUCGACCGUCGCCGUCUUCCCCUUCUUCGCGACGUCGCCGGACUGCGGCGCCCAGGGCAGGAAAAGAGUGAUUCAAGUUUGCUUCAACGUCGUGCUGUCGACGUGCUCCGCGGCGGACGCGGCCUUCGCGCGGACGUCGAGCGGCCUGCCCUUCUUCGACGUGCUCCUGAGCGACUGCCACCUCGACAGCCAGAAGCGCGGCCGCUUCUUCAAGCCGCGCGCGCCGGCGCGAGUCGUUCUCGCCGAGCGGCGCGCGGCGAACCCGUCCGCCGGACGCAGGUCGCUCCUCGGCGCGCUGACCGUCGCGCGCGUCCGCGAGAAGCUCAAGAGCGCCAAGGCCUGGGCGCCCUUCCACUACGUCUACUACAGCGAGGCGGACCAGGUGCUCCACGUCCGCGACGCGCGGCGCGUCAUCGCCGUCGUCGACGAGGGCCACUACGUGUCGCCGCACCGCAUGCAGCCCCUCGCGCACCCCGUGGACCUGCCCGCGCUCGCCGUCAAGGCGAACCAGCUCUGGCUCCCGCGCUGGAGCCGCGACGACCUCCGGCGCAUCCGCAACGUGGGAGACUACGACAACGUCACGGAGGUGCCCGCGGGCGCGCCGCACGACAUGUGCUGCGUGGGGCGCGCGCGCUGCGACGGCGCGCCGGGCGUCAUGGGCAGCCGCGCGACCUGGUCGCCCUGGAAGGUCGACGCGCCCGCGCUGCGCCUCGUCAAGUACGACGGCUCCCUGGCCAUGAUCGCCGCGCACCAGGGCAACUACGGCCAGCUCCUCUUCCGCGGCUGCACCCCCGUCCACGAGCACAACGCGGCCCUGCACGGGUGCCCGGCCUAA